AUGGCCGACGAGAUUCGCUACAGAGACUCGUGCGAGAGCAUGGCCAUCCUCGCAUCUACCACGGGUCAGCCGCCCCUGGACGUGUGGCUGUGGCACAGGCACGAGCACCGGAGCAGCAGCACCCCUUACUGCCGUCUAUCCGCCGACGACGUGUCCCGCGGCCCAACUUCAUGCCCGGCCUCGCCUUGGCCGUCUCGCUGCCACCCCAGCCCACCGGCGAAGCUACAGCACCGCAUCCGGAACUGGUCACUCCGGAGGCGGCGCGCAUUGUGCGGGACGAGGCGGCCGCCGCGCUGCAGCAGCCGGCGCUGCGCACCACCGCACGGGCCGUGGUGCGACGACGGCGCCUGCUCCUUUGCGCUCAGCAGCUGGCUCUAUACCGUCUGGCUCGCCGACGCGCCCGAUUUGCGACGCCGGCUUCUGCUGGCGAGCUACGUGGGCUUGUGUCGCAGACUCGCCCGAGACCCGCGCGACGGCGGGGGCGGCGGGGGACGCGGCCUACUCUGGCUAUGUCCUGUUCCGCGAGGCGAUCGAGAUGUGGAAGCAGACGUGCAAGAGGUGUGGUAG